AUGCAGGGCAGCGGCAUGUUGCUGGACACGCAGGACCAGGUGCUCUGCACCUCCACGCGGCCGGGGUCAACGUGCGGUUUCGAGCUCAGCUUCCACGUCGCAGACUUCGACAAGGAGGUCAACCGGACCCAGGAGAGGUGGGGGCGCCUGCUCUUGGGCAUCACGGGGCCUGUAACGCGCGUGACUAUGCUGGACGAGCUGGGCUGGGCAGUGCGGCUGGAGGUGCAGUCGUGGGUGCAGCGCCAGCUGCAGGGGGCUUUCCAGUGUGACGCCGCAGGCGGCGUCCCGCGAUGCCGCCUCUGCGGGCGAGCCGCGGAGACGGUGGCGCAUCUCUUCCACCAUUGCCUGGAGUGGCAGCGGCUGUUGCAGCGCCGAGUGGAGCAGGUCGACGGCCUCAGCACGCCAGAGGCUGGGGCCGUGGGGCUGAUGGGCAGGUGGCCUGGCAUGGCUGUCCUGCUCGCGCUGCUGCUCCCCGGCCAUGGGCUCCCCGCUCGCUUCUCAGCCGCCGUGCUGGGUGACGCUGGCUUGCGCGUGAUCUAUGCAGGCAACUUCGGCGACGGCGCCGACGAGCAACGCGAGAGUGCCCCGCUCUUCUCGCUGGCCAGCUGCGCCGACGCCGAGUCGUCCGCGCAGCCGGCCAGCUUCCAGCUGCCGCUGUACCCGGAGCAGCGCCGGACCCUCGGCUGGAUGCGGCAGCGUGAGGAAGAGCACCUGGAGUACCUGUCCCGGGAGCUGCACGGCCGGCAGUGCGUGAAGACGGACAUCGGGGUCGAGAUCCGGGUGGACCGCCACUGGCAGCGCGUCCGCGGGGGGAUCUUGGCCGACUCCGUCGGCUACGGGAAGACUGCCUGCAUGAUCGGGCUCAUUCAGGCUAUCGCCGCCACGGCUGGCCGCCGCUCGGACAACUGGGCAGCAUGGAUCCCUGGAGGGCACCGUGGGUCAGGUAUCCCGCCGCGGCGCGCCCGCGCGGCUGCCGCCACCGUCGCCGCCGUCCGCGGCAUCGUCGCGCCCGCCACAGGGCCCCCAAGGGCGCCGGGCGGCGUGCCCAUGGCGGCCCCCGGGCCGACGCUGCCGCGACGCGACUGCGCGGGCGCCGCGGCCGCGGCGGCGGCCUGGCGCGCCGCGGAGGCGGCCGCCUGGGACUGCCACCCCGCGAGGCCGCGCGCGCCCGCGCGCCCGCGCGCGAAGGCUGGCGGUGGGCCCGCGGCGGCGGCGCCCGCGCGCGCCCGCGGCGCCGAGCGGGGCGGCGCCGAGCGGAGCGGCGCCGGGCGGGGCGGCGCCGGCGGGGCGGCGCGCCGAGGGGCCGGCGGCGGGGCCCCGGCGGCGGGGCCCGCCGCCGCGCGCGGCGCGCUCGGCACGGCGGCGGAGGCGGCGCUGUCGGGCGAGGAGGCUGCGCACCUGCGGGUGCUUACCGAGGCCAUCGAGGAGCUGGAGGCCCUGAGCCAGGCCUGGAACGGGGUGCCCGCCACCGGCGUGGUGGACGGUAAGCCGCUGGUGCCGACGCUGGUGUCCCAGGACACGGCCUUGCGUGAGAGGCUGAAGGGCUGCCCGUUCGGAGACCCCUCCGACGUCGCGUCCGUACGGCUCUCGGCGAGCCGAAACACACUGGCGCAGGCGCACGCGAGCGCCUCCCGCGCAGCCAUCCGGGCGCAGCUUGGGCGCGUGAUGUGGGAGGUGCGGUGCUCCGAGGCGCUGCUGAGGAGCGAGGAGGACGAGGCGAAGGACCGCGCAACAAGGCCAGAGAAGCCGAAGAAGCUGGACCCCAAGGAGGCCCUGGGCGGCUCGCUGGUGGGGGCCGCGGUGCUGCACAUGCGGCUCCUCGAGCUGGCAGCCGCCCGCGAGCUGCUCCGGCGCGCCGCCGUGCUUGGCUGCACUGACCAGCGCCUGGCCCUGCUGGGCUGCUGCAGCGCGCAGCUCCAGGCCCCGCGGGACCCGGAGCUGCUGGGCGGGCUGCCGGCGCUGCUGGGCAGCGGCGUCGAUGCCGCUCUGCUGGGCGAGGUGCGGCGCGCGAUCCUCGGCGCCGGCUACACUGCGGCCGGCGUGCUGGGGGCCACGGGCUGCAGCUCUUUGGCAGCGCUCGCGCACCCGGACGCCCUGACGGACCGCACCGAGCGCCUGCUGCUGCAGCCGGGCGAGGCCUCCCUGCGUCUCGCCGACCUCGUGCGAGUCUUCUUGCUGCACAGGGUGUUGCCCCUGGCGCGCCUCCGCGAGCUCCUCGGUCGCGGCCCGUGCGGGCUGCUGCUGAGGCUGCGGCUGCUCGCGGCCACAGAAAGCGCGAAAAGUCUACAUUGCCCGCUGGUGCCGGCGGCUGCUGCGGACGGUGCGCUCGAGGCAGAAGGCUGUGGCGGACUGCAGGCCUUCUCGAACGUUUCGCUCUGGCCGGUCGAAGACGACCUGCUGAUCGUCACGGAUGUCACGCAGACCUUUUCAUCAGAGGAGGUGGAGCCAGUGCAGCACCUGACGGAGAGUUCCUUGGCGUUGGCACUCGCGGCGCCGCGGCGGAGGGUGGGCUCCUUGCUGGACGUCUGUUGCGGCAGCGGCGUCCAGGGAAUCGUGGCGCUCAGGCACUACGCCGACAGGGCGACCUUCGUGGACCUGAACCCUCGUGCGGUCGCGUUCACGCGGUUCAACCUCGCCCUCAACGGCAUGUCCGACAGGGCGGACGGAGUCCACCAGGGAAGCGUGUACGAGGCCUUGCCGGAAGCGACGGGCAAGUUCGACGCCGUGCUGGCCAGCCCUCCCAGCGCCCCGAACCCGCAGAAGAUCGCGGCCGAGCUCUGUGGCAUGCACACCGACGGCGGCGACUCUGGAGAUGAGGUGGUGGCGGCAGUGGUGGCGGGUGCGCCCAGGAUCUUGGCGCCUGGCGGCUGGCUCGCGCUGGCGGCCAGCACGACCUCCGCGCAGGAGCUGCCCGCGAGGCUCCAGGAGCUCUGCCCAGGCCUCCGCGGGCUCGUCUUCUGCGGCGCGGCGGCGCCCGUGCCCGACAGGGCCGCCAUCGCCAGCCCGGCGGAGAGGCAGCUCUACGAGGCGGCGCUCCGGCGGGCCGGCAUCACGACGCUGGCGGAGGUGGUAGCGCUGCUGUCGCCAGGCCCAGGCCCUGCCGCGGGCCCGCGGGCCGCGCCGGAGGCGGUGGCCCUCUGCGGCGAGCCGAGGCCGAGCCUCUGGGCGGACCAGCCCUUCCUGCGGACCCGGGUGCGGGAGGCCUUCGCGGCGCGCGCCGCCGGGCAGGAGGGGCCCGCGGCGGGCGCGCCCGAAGGCGGGGGCAUGCCGGCCGAGUGGAGGGAACACUGGAGACCCUCGGCCUGUGGUGCCCGGCCGAGGGGCCCGCGCACCAGGAUUCAAGACGGCCCGUCGGCGGAGGCUGGCGCCGGUCGCCGCGGCGCUUCCGCCCAGGACAUCGGCUUCCUGCAGAGCCUGCUGGAGCAGGGAGUCCCCUGCAGCCUGCCGGGGUUCCAUGCCUGGCUUCUUCCCCGCCGAGCACGUGGUCCCUGGGCCGGGCUGGGACGAGGCGGCGCAGGACCUGCAGACGCUGCGUUCCACCCUGUACGCGGCCAGGGCGCUGCAGAGGGUCGCGCUGGCGACCGGGCCCGGCUGACUGAGCGCGUGCUCCGCAUCCUCCCCUGCCCAGGUUCUCGCUCACACUCCGCCUCUCCGCUCCUUCGCCCCCUGUCUCUGAGUCUUCCCCUGGCCAUCGCAUUCUCCCUACCUCGCUUCCGCGCUGGCCUCAUGCGCGAUCCUAUCUAG